GACUUUAGGAAAAUAAUUAUUUGUAUGGCCUAUGAAAAUAUUUAUGUUGCAUUUGAAAAGGUCUGGCAGUUGCGUGUCGGGUGGGAAUAAGAGUUUUAUUUGAGUAUGAUUUCGAAUAAUAUUUGGGGUUGCUACCGACUACCGGCAAGUGCAGUAUAUCAACCCCCUAACAAUAAUAAUAGCAUGCAUCGCUAAUAAAAAACAUCGUGUAGCUGUGAGUUCAUUGGUUCACAGGUAGUGCAGGUGUGUGUGAGUGUGUGUAUGAGUGGUCAGUCAACCAUAUCGCGAUAUCAUCGUAUUUCAUGAGUCAAAAGUGUUUGAGCGACGAUAGCGAGCGGGUGGGUGUGUGUAAGAGUGUAAAAAAUUUCAGAAUUUCUUUGAAUAAUCUCGAAGUCAGAAAAGUGCGUUCCUUCGAUUUGUCGUCUCCUUGAGUCGUUCGCGUUGUUCAUCUGAGAUAAUAUAAUUAAAGGUGUUGUGUGUAAGAAGGUUAGUGGUAGAGUGGUUUUUAAAGAGAUUUGCGAGCGUCGCGGCGCCGGCGCGCGUCCUCUUUGCCCCCUCGCCGCGGCGCAGGCGGUGGCGGUACGAAUUAGUCUGACACGGGCUACGGAUCAGAGCGCAUCUUCAAAUCUACCCGAAGACAUAUAUACCUUUGGUAUAUAUACAAAAUCAAAUCAGAUCUUGUAGGUCCUGGGAAGUGUGUAAAGCAUGUGUGUGGCUGGAACAACUCCCCCACUGACGUGAUCCCGCAGUGCGACAACAUCGAUCAUCAUCUCUUCAGUGACCUCUUCUACCUAUCAACUCCAACUGAUACCUAGAAUUGAAGAGAGAAAGAGAUAUACUUAAAUAUAUACAUCUAUCUCUCUAUUACUUGCAUACAUACUUAUAGUAGUAGAAGUAGUAGUAGUGGUGCAGUGUGCGCUCAAGUUCACCGCUCGCAUUCAUUCCACUUUGGCCUCGCUCCUCUCACUUAGACUUCGCUAAGCUAUGGGGAGGUUUUGGUUGUCCAGAGCUUACCAUUCGGGCUGACGGUUAUCAAAGUGGGGCCGCGGCCAUGGACUGGCUACUCGCGGCUUGGAUCAUAGUAAUCUGGUUUGCCUCAGCAACUGGCUUGGAUCCCACAAGUCUACUAAGCGCCGCAACCGCACCGGGACAAUCAAUCGACCUCUUGGGGGCCUUGGGGUUGCACAACAGCAGUUGGGCGGGCGUCACCCUAACGCCGGGGCCCCAAACAAUUAGGCCAGCCUAUUAUCUGCAAGGUGAUUACAGGGAUCUGAAAUUGCCACCUUCUGCGUUCCAGCAAGUAACUGAAUUGAUUCGGAGAAGUCCCGAGUUCACGAUUUCUGCAUGGCUGAGGCAGGAAAUUGGGAAUAUCGGAACGAUAGUUAGCUUCGCCGAUGAGAACAAGCGUUUCUUGGAGCUUCAAUCCAGCGGCAGGAAGAACGAGAUUCGCUUGCACUACACUUCACGUGUAGACUCCAAAGUGUAUGUGGAGACUUUUCAUUACAAAUUAGAUGAUAACAUAUGGCAUCAUGUUGCCUUGUCGGUGAGCGGAUCGCAGGCAGAGCUGCUGGUAGAUUGUCAUCCGCUUUACAAGAGGCUCCUAAGACCCGGCGCUCCCGACAGAAACUUCUCCAGUCCUCAGGAAUUAUGGUUGGGUCAAAGGAACAAGCAUUAUUACUUCAAGGGUGCGAUGCAGGAUGUAAGACUGAUUGCUGGACCCCACGGAUACCUCUCCCUCUGUCCGAGCCUCGAUGCGACGUGUCCGACAUGUGGUCAGUUUUCGUUGUUGCAGAGCACCGUUCAGGAGCUGACGAAGCAUCUUAAGGAUCUUUCCGAAAGGUUAGUAGCAGCUGAAGGAAGGAUCAGCAAGGUAGAGGAGUGCGACUGCCAGAAAUCCUGCUGGGUCAACGAUACGGUCAGAGCGGACGGCGCAAGAUGGCAUCAAGGUUGUGAUAUAUGCACUUGCGUGCAAGGGGAAGUGCAGUGCAAGCACGUGGAUUGUCCAUUCUUAAAUUGCACGAAUCCCGUUAACAAGACCGGCGAAUGCUGCAAAACGUGUCUCAAACAGUGCAAAUUCAGGGGGGUGUUCUAUGAUCACGGCGAUCAAAUGUAUACGGAGAAAUGCGUGCCAUGCAAAUGCUACGAUGGCGCGAUGAAAUGUGUGUACAUGGAUUCCAAGCAAUCGUGCCCGCAGCUCACCUGUCCACCUGAGAAACAGUACAGCGUUCCUGGAGAAUGCAAAUGCAAAUUUUGUGCAGAGGUUGAUUACUGCGCUAAAGGACACAUAUGCCAUUCUAACGCCUCUUGUCUAAACCUUCAAACUACUUCUGCUUGUCAUUGCGAUCAAGGCUUCCAAGGAGAUGGACAUUUAUGCGAUGACGUCGAUGAGUGCAAACAGGAAGGAGGUUUGGAUGGUCACCAUUGCCACCUCAACACGAAAUGUGUAAAUACUAUUGGUUCCUAUACGUGCGAGUGUCUGUCCGGCUAUAAGAGGGUGGAUAAAUUCAAUUGCAUCGAAUUAGAUGAAUGCAUCACCGGAGAGCAGAACUGCGAUGUCAAUGCUAAAUGUAUAAACACUCAAGGGAGUUACCAUUGCGUGUGUCAAGAAGGCUACACCGGCGAUGGAUAUAAUUGCAGUCCUGUUUGUGAGCAGACUUGCUUGAAUGGUGGUGUAUGCCGAAUACCCGGUAAAUGUUCCUGUCCCAAUGGAUACACUGGUCCGAGUUGCGAAAGAGACGUGGACGAAUGCAGCCUGAACUUGCACAGAUGCACAGAUUCUUCCAUUUGCGUCAACAUGAUCGGCUGGUAUUAUUGCACCUGCAAACCAGGCUACAACAGCACAUUCGUUAAUAAUACUCACGGCACAUCUUGUCAAGAUAUAAAUGAAUGCAAAACUAAUUUACACACAUGCCAUGAAUCGGCUGAGUGCGUAAACAAUAUAGGAGGUUACUCCUGCAACUGCACCAAUCGCAUUAACUGCCGAUUAAGCUGCAUGUUUGAAGGUACAGAAGUAGCGGAUGGGCUUUCGUUAUCGCCAGCAGGAAAAUCUUGCGAGAAAUGCACUUGUAAUGCAGGCGUCAUGAAGUGCGAGGAGCCGAAAUGCAAUUGCUCUUUGCCGGAUAGCAGCAGGGACAAAUGUUGCCCACAGUGCGACCCAAGUUUGUCGUGUAAGCAUCAGGAGUUACCGAAUGUCGUUCUUAUGCACGGAGAACGUUGGUCCUACCAGUGUCAGACGUGCGAAUGUCUUAACGGCGAGGUGGAUUGUUGGGAUCUAAAGUGUCCACAAUUGCCUUGUGCAAAUCCCAUUCAAGAUGAAGGCGGAUGCUGCCCAAGAUGCGGGGACGUCUGCUCCUCCGUUGGUAAUAGCUCAAAAUCGGGAAACCCUUGCAUCAUCAAAGGAAGACUGUACGAGUCCGGUGCUCAUUUCACGGAUCCAAAAGAUCCUUGUACCGAAUGCAAUUGCCAGGUGCCGUUCUGCGCCCAACUGGUGAGCAAUGUCGCGUGUUGUGUGCAUCGGACGGAAUGCUUUGCUGCAGUUAUAGUGUCCAUUGUGAUGACAAUACGGCACGUACAGUGGGAUAUGAUGGUGUGGUGGCCUCCUCCGUGGCCUUGGCUGAACUCAAAACUGGUGACUUUAAUAAACAAUAUAGUGCAGCUUUUAGAGUGGCUAAUAGUAGUGACGAUGUCUUCGACAUCAGUGACUCGAUGGGGUUCAACAAGACUAAAGGUGUUGGUAAAGGGGGUUGAGCCAUUCCGGUGAGUGGAUGAGUGCAAAAUGGGACAAUCUCUCAGUCUUACAUUCCUGAUUCGGACACUAAAUAUUUUAAUAAUUAUUACUAAGUGGUGCAAUACACGAAACACACAACACACAAGUAUGGAAACACCUACAUCAAUAUUGAAAUGGAUAACAACAACAACUACAGCAAUAACGACAUCAACAACAACCAAAACGAAACGGAUAUCUACUAUAUAUCUCUCUUUAAUCUUGCCUGAUGCUUGCUAGGUGUGUCGAAUAAAAAAAAGAUAAUUAAAAGUCUUCCUAGUCUUUUUAGGCGGGCCAUCGAUUAAGUCAGCUUGUUCAACAUUUUCAAAUAACCCAAUUUAAAUAAAUGAAUUUAAAUAUAUAUAUAUAUAGAUUACGUAAAUUUAUUAUACUGUAUUGCCGGUUGUAAUUUAGUGAAAUUAACAACACGUAGUAUGUGCCUUCCAUAUAGAGAAAAUAUUAAAUUUGAGAUCUACUACUUCAAGGAAACGCACAUACCAUUUGUUGGACAGCGGAAUUAUUCUACAGAUAUGUAUAAAUGUAAAAUUUGUAAACUCUCUACUUAUAAUUUUAAAAAAAAGACGAAGAAGAAAAAGCAAACGGAAAAGAAUAUAUCUCCAGAACUCUAGUCAAAGCUUGCCAUGGGAUACGCAAGCUAGUAAAACGAAAAUAAGUAACACACAGGCUCUUGGAUAUAAUUAAUAAAGCAACAACUUCUAACAAGAAAAAAAAUGAAUAACCACACACACACAAACACACUAAUGGAAGCAUAUCUAGCUAAAAUUAUGUUAAACAACAUCAAAAUUAUUGCAAUAUUUAAAUUGUGAUAUUGUUCAAUGAGACUAAUAAUUGUAUAACUUUUUUCCAUUAAACAAAAAUUGUAAUAUUAGUUCCUGCGAUUUUUGCGCUUGUUGCCUCAACAACUCUAUUCAAUAGGCAACUGAUUUAAACAAUAAAUUGAAUAAUGAUAAUAAAAAAAAACUAUUACAUGAUGUACUUAGCACAAAUGGUUAUAUAAAUAAUAAUAAUAAUAAUAAAAGAAUGAAAAUAAUAAACAAAUAAUGAAAAUUUUAAUAGUUAAGGUAGGACAUAAAAUCUACACUAUAUUCCAUAGGCGAAAAAGGACACUAUUGGUUCGGCCGAAUUAAUUUUGACGUUUAUUUUAGAACAAAAAAUUCUUUUGGAACUGCUGUGAUAAACAACAAAUUUCCAACGAGCAAAAUUAAUUCGUAGAACGAAUAUACAGUUAUAUUUAUUUUUUUUUCUGGAAUUACAUGCUUUUUGUAGGCAUAUUGGGAAGAACAUCUAUAAUAUUGCAAAUAAAAGAAAAAAAACCUAAUAUAUGUAUAUUAAAUUUGAAAAAAAAAAACAACGAA